AUUUCAUGUCUAUGAGCAAAAUCCUAACCACUCGUAGAAGGAAGCACGACUAGCAGGGAGAAGAGAGUGGAAGGAAGAAAGCGUUGAAAUUGUGUAGGAGGAUCGGUUGGGAAGUGUAUGUCUUGUUUUCUUUUUUUUUUUUUUUUUUUUUUUUUGGGGGGUGGGAAGGGGAAUUAGAGCCUUUGCAUUUUGGCCUAAACGUGUGAACCAAGACUCUAUUGUAAUGGUGCGUAGCUAGCUAGGUAGAGACUCGGCGACAAAAUAACUUAAUCUCUCUCUCUCUCUCUCUCUCUAUUCAAUAUUCAAUAUUCACAAAACAAAGCUAGCAUAUUGAAAUUGAAUAAUUCAGCAACAAAUUAAGGGAGAAUCAUGAGGUCACCGACUUUCAGUAGAAGCGACUCGAAGCGGUCCAAUUACAGCCGUGGAUUUGAAUUACCGGACGAUCUGGAACUCGAAGUAGUCCACGCACCACCGUCCAGAAGAUCAGAAGAAGACGACUAUGGAGUCGGAGGCGCAAUGUUGCCGAUAUUCCUCAACGACCUCAGGAAAAACAAUCAGCAAGACCUUGUCGAAGUCACAUUGGAGCUCGAACGCGACUCCAUUGUCGUCUGCAGUGUCACUCCCACCCCCACCACGUCUAGACCGGCGGCCGCCGUCGACGACUCCGCUUCCGACGUCAAAAGCUUGAGACGGAGCAUAUCCAAUACUUCACGGACUCUCCGCCGGAAAUUCUCAUGGCUCACAUCGUUUUCUUCUUCCAGGAACUCAUCGGAUACCGAGGAGCUCAUUAUCUCGGAUCGCGACGCUCGCAGGCUCAAAGCUAAACUUGAGCGGACGAGAUCGAGCGCGCAGAGAGCUCUGAAUGGCUUAAGAUUCAUUAGCAAAAAUACGGGAGCUAAUGAUGCCGACGAAAUGUGGAGACGAGUGGAGGCGAGGUUCAAUUCGCUUGCUAAGGACGGCUUCCUUUGUAGAGAAGACUUUGGUGAAUGCAUAGGAAUGAUGGACUCGAAGGAGUUCGCGGUGGGGAUAUUUGACGCAUUGGCGAGGAGGAGGAGGCAGAAGAUACAGAAGAUAACCAAAGAAGAGCUUCACGACUUUUGGUUGCAGAUUUCGGACCAGAGCUUUGACGCCCGCCUUCAGAUUUUCUUCGACAUGGCGGAUAGCAAUGAAGAUGGGAGAGUGACGAGGGAGGAGGUGCAGGAGCUUAUAAUGCUAAGUGCCUCCGCAAACAAGCUGUCCAAGCUAAAAGAACAAGCUGAAGAAUACGCUUCAUUAAUAAUGGAAGAGCUAGAUCCUGAAAGCCUAGGAUAUAUCGAGCUAUGGCAAUUGGAAGCUUUGCUUUUACAAAGAGACACAUACAUGAACUACAGCAGACCAUUAAGCACAGCAAGUGUAGGGUGGAGUCAAAACCUGAGUUCUUUUAGGCCCAAGAACUUGUUAAGAAGAGCAAGCAGUAAACUUCAGGAUCUCAUACUGGAGAAUUGGCAGAGAGGAUGGAUAAUAAUAUUCUGGUUUCUUGCAAUUGCAUCCCUUUUCACCUGGAAAUUUUACCAGUACAGACAAAAGGCUGCAUUUCGGGUAAUGGGCUAUUGCUUGGCAACGGCCAAAGGGGCUGCAGAGACUCUUAAGCUCAACAUGGCUCUCAUCCUUUUACCCGUUUGUCGAAACACUCUCACUUGGCUCCGCUCCACAAGGGCCAGGUCCAUUGUCCCUUUCGAUGACAAUAUUAACUUCCACAAAAUGGUUGCAGGUGCUAUAGCCAUUGGGAUCAUUGUUCAUGCGGGAAACCAUCUGACAUGCGACUUUCGUCUCCUUGUAAACUCAUCUCCUGAAGAAUUCGCUGCUAUAUCCUCUUAUUUCCAUGGCAGAAAGCCGACGUACCAAGGCCUAGUAACCGGUAAGGAGGGGAUAACUGGGAUUUCGAUGGUGGUCUUAAUGGCCAUCUCAUUCACACUAGCGGCACGUCGUUUCAGAAGGAACAUGGUGAGGCUUCCUCCCCCCUUUAACAAAUUGACGGGGUUUAACGCAUUCUGGUAUUCUCAUCAUCUACUGGGUCUCGUCUACGUUUUGCUAAUCAUCCAUGGGAACUACUUGUAUUUGGUCCACAAGUGGUAUCAGAAAACGACAUGGAUGUACAUCUCUGUUCCGUUGUUACUCUAUAUGGCAGAGCGGAGUAUACGAACAUGUCGGUCAGAGCAUUAUGCAGUGAAAAUAAUAAAGGUUUCAGUUUUACCAGGAAAUGUCUUCAACUUAAUCAUAUCCAAGCCACUUGGAUUCAAAUACAAAAGCGGGCAGUACAUAUUUCUACAAUGCCCAACAAUCUCCCCGUUCGAAUGGCACCCAUUUUCAAUAACCUCAGCUCCAGGAGACGACAACCUGAGUGUUCAUAUCCGAAUGGUUGGGGACUGGACACAAGAGUUGAAGCGAGUGGUAACUGAGGGUGAUGAUCCAUCUUCUAUAUUUGGUAGAGUUCAAUUUGGUCAGCAUCUCAAUCAGAGAGGCCAACCCAGAUUGCUUGUGGAUGGUCCAUAUGGGGCACCAGCACAAGACUAUCGAAAUUAUGAUGUCUUACUCCUGGUGGGGCUUGGAAUUGGAGCUACCCCUUUCAUUAGCAUUCUCAGAGAUCUCCUUAACAGUUCAAGAGCAGCAGAAGACCAAACGGAUUCAAACACGGAAACCAGUAGAUCAGACGAUAGCCUAAAUAGUUUCACAUCUUCAAAUGUUACACCUGGUGGAAAGAAGAAAUCACAGAGAACAACAAAUGCUCAUUUCUGCUGGGUGACCAGAGAACCAGGCUCCUUCGAAUGGUUUAAAGGAGUUAUGGACGAAGUUGCAGAAAUGGAUCACAAAGGUCAGAUUGAGCUGCAUAACUACCUUACAAGUGUCUAUGAAGAGGGUGAUGCAAGGUCAACCUUAAUCACCAUGGUCCAAGCUCUCAACCAUGCCAAACAUGGCGUUGACAUCCUCUCUGGGACACGAGUAAGGACUCACUUUGCAAGACCAAACUGGAAAGAAGUGUUCGCCAAAAUAGCUUCAAAGCAUCCAUAUGCAACAGUAGGGGUAUUCUACUGUGGGAUGCCAGUGUUGGCAAAAGAGUUGAAGAAGCUAUCACAGGAGCUGAGCAAAAAGACAUCAACGCGAUUUGAAUUCCACAAGGAGUAUUUUUGAAACAAGAGGAACUCUAUCAAGAUCAAGUUGCUAAUUUUAUCUAUUCAUUCCAAUGAUUCAUAGGAGAAAAAUAUAAUUGUAUAAUGAUAGCAGCUGAGCAACAUGUAAAUGUGAUUUUUUUUGUUACACUACAGAUAUACAAAUGUUGUGAUACAAUAGAAAAUUUAAUAAUACAAAAGUAAAUAUAGAAAAAUAGAACAACACACAA